AUGGACCUAUGUCACAAGAUUAGCUCACAUUAUAGAAAGACUUUCAUGAUUAAAGUUGAUAAACAAGGAACUUCCACUGUGAUUCCCAAGUUUGGGAAUCACAGUGGAAGUCCCUUGACGAAUUACAGUGGAGGUUCCUUGACGAUCCGUCGUUUAUCUUCCACUGUUGCCUUCGUAGUGAUUUCUAACAGCUCGGAAUCAGGCGAUACGGUUGUUUCAGAGUCAGAAUCGACCAUUAGUCGGAACUCACGCGAUGAGCGACUCUCGUGUCCGAACCUGACACCAGAAAUCUUCAUUUGGUAGCUAACAUUUUUGUCCAAAGGGAAGUGCUCAAUAACGAUGGUUUUUUGUGAUUCGGUCACAUUAGUAGCCUCAUACUUCCAAUAUUGAUCGCUGAACUCCGGUCGUAUAUAAAUGAUGUAGUUCUGAUAGGGGUGUCCUGUUGGCACGUAUACAAUCAGCGAUGAGUUUUUCAAAUAAGCUGUCACAUUUUCUGGAGCCGGUAGAUCAUCUUCGUUACCCGAAAUGGUAUCGAACCAUAAUACCUCCGACGCCGGUCCUUCAUGUCGCUCAUUGGUAGCCGAGAUUUUAAGCUGAUAAUGCGAGUCGGGCAGCAAUCCAAACGAUUGAUCUAUACUGAACCGAGAUCUGUUGCCGUUCACUUCCACGUAUUCCCACGGUUCGUCUUCAUUACUAUAGUCGACAUUCUUGUAGUAGAUAGUGUAGCCCUUGAUCUCCCCGUUCGGCAUUGUCGGUGGCACCCAUGCCAUGGUCAGUCUCACAUCCUUGACUUGUAUUGAUGUAAUCGACGGUGCAUUUUUGGGUCCUCCGUUUGGUGUAGGGAACGUGAUUGGGGCAGACUUCGCUCCUUCACCCCACUCGUUUUCCGCCGAAACUUGCAGGGUUACAUUGACGUUGUAUGGUACUUGUGGUAUCCGUACAGGAGGUCCUGCAACGCGCUCAACGAAGUUCGAAAGAUAGAGGAUGUAAGUAGUAUUCCCAUUUGGAUAGCGAACACGAUCCCAAUUUAUAAAGAGGCUGUCAUUAUCGUCAAACAUCCAUGUUACAUUAGUCGGCACAUCUCCUGGCUUGCGUAUGAUCAGUGUCCUGUUGGUAGUCACAUUCUCAUGCUUAUUCAUAGCUCGACAGACGACUGUUCGAUUUGUGAAAGCCUUGGUUUCAAACAAUCCACUGACGUGAUAAACCCGCUCGGUGACCAGAACGUCUUUGAUAUGGAAUUCACUGCUGUUGUCCCAGGAAUAGAAUAGGCUUGGAAUCGGUUGGCCCUGAGCGCUACAGCGAAACGUGACCGUUUGAUUGGGUUCAGCUUCAAGUUCGGGUACAUCGACAGAAACGAGAUUCAUCUCUAUUGGUUGAUAGCGACGAUCGCUGUAGCAUUCGACCGCAUCAGAGAUGAUGCCGGGGCCGUCAGGUGUAGCAGCUUGGACUCGUAUCAGAUAUCGGGUCUCUGGUGACGUCGUCUCCAAUACAAUCUCUGUCGCUUCGGUUUCGACUUUAUCCCAUUCGGACAGAUCGGCAGCGUCUCGGGUAGCAUAAUAAACUAUAUAUUUCAUAAUGAUUCCAUUAGGAAUGGAUGGCUCCUCCCAAGAAAUGUUCAACUGAUUACGCCAUCCAACAGCUACUACGUUUCUUGGCGCACUGCCAGGUCCUUGAACCCGAACCUCAAUCUCGGCGGUGGCAUUACUAACUUCACUUAUUGCCAUGCAAACAGCAUGUCCUGAUUCCCGAACACUGCUUCGUGUUAAUAUCGACACUGUUUUCUUGUCAGCUUGUUCUUCUUUCAUUGUCCAGCCCUCCCGAUCUUGUCUGAUCGGCUGACCAUUCCAGAACCAGGCUAUGGUUGGUGCUGGACUACCCUCGGCACGGCAGACAAUUCGGAGAUUCUCAAACAAAUUCGGUUCUUUCUCCAUUACUGAGCCUUCUUCGAUUUCCGCACGGGUUCUAAGUCCUCCGUUCGGCGUAAUGAAAUGAAUUGCCUCAGAGAGAGGACCGGCACCAGCUCUGUUAACUGCUCGAACUUUCACAAAGUAAUCAUGGGACGGUUUCAAUUGAUCGGUAGGUAUGGAUGAUCUUGUUAUUGCCACCGAAUCAUUCCUGGUCAUUGUGCGGUAUUUCUGCCAGUACUCUUCGUCCUCGUCGACAUCGUCACUCAGAAAGAGCUCGUAGAAUUCAAUCUUCAAGUUCGGAUAAUGUGGAGCUUUCCAUACAAUGAUGAUGUCACGAGAAUCGAUCGACAACACUCGGAUGUCUCUUGGAGCAUCUCCCGGUUUUUUCACCAGAAAAGUAAGCGAUGAUGAAUUUGACCCAGCCGUAUUUUUCGCUUUACAAUGGAGCGUUUUUGACGUUAUUGUGGAAAAUUCUACUUCACCAACGAUGGAGUCUUGCUCUUCUGUUACAUCCAAUAACUGCCAAACGUCCUCCUCAACUUCUGGAUCAGCUCCUUCUUCAGUCAGGACGUAGAACAACUGUGGCUGCGGUUUACCUCGAGCAAUGCAACGAACCCUGACCUGCUCCCAUGACUCUACCAGUAGAUGUUCUCGUUCUGGUGGAUCAGUGUACUCGAGCGAGACACCUAUUGGAAUGGUGUCUUUUUCGAUAGCCACAAUGUCAGAGAUGACUCCUGGUCCACUGUCGGCAGCCGCUUGAACCCGUACAUAAAAGGCAUCGUCAGUUUUUGCGAGUACCCUGAUACUAUUCUCCGUGCCGUCCAACACCAAUUUCUGCCAAUCCGACAACGGAUCGUCUUUGUUGAGCGUGUGAUACACAACGUACUUCGUAAUAUUUCCAUUCGGAUGUGAAGGUGGUAGCCAAGAUACGGUAUAACCACCUCGUUCACUCUGUAGUGUGACGGAAGAUGGCGGGCUUCCUGGUCCACGGAUUUGCACGGAGACUGAUCGAGCUAUUUGGCCGGCUGGAUUUACCGCGACACAUGUCAGGUUAUCGCUGCGCGUCCUCGACUUCAUCCUGAGCGACGAUGACAAGUUCUGCCCAUCAUGCGUCGAAGUAGUGACCGUGUAGAAUGCAUGGUCAGGUUGGAUUCGCUGUCCAUUAACUAGCCAGAAUAUUUUGAUCGGUGGUGACGAAAUGACAUCACAACGCACUUCAAGUGGUACUAAGAUGUCCGGGUCGAAUACGACUUCAGUUUCCGGAUCUAGAGAUAUUUUGGGCAGCUGA